AUGUGGGACUCAGGAGAGCUAGCGGGGCGACUAGACUUGUCAGACUACGAAACAGACGAGGAGCCGUCCGAUGAAAGCAAAGUAGCUGAACCGACCUCUCCGGAAGUCUUAUCACAAAACUUUAUAAGUUUGAACGACUUACCGACGGUCCAGUACGAAGUCGCAGGUGAAGAUGACGUCGACUUCGAACCAGGCGCCAUCAUAUGCCUGGAUCCGGUCGAACAAUACGUACAAUCUUUGCCUGAAAACGAAGAACCCAGACCCAUAGUCGUAGCUAGGGAAAAGCCUUCCAUUACGAGCUAUCUACCCGGAGAUUAA